UAUAACUUUUUUAUGCUUAAUCCAAAUUCGAAUGAACCUUAUAUAUAUCAUCUGAAAGCUCUCGCUAUCUUUUUUCGAACUUUUGCGGAUAAGUAGAUUACCCUUUUCUGGACACUUUAUAGAAACCCAAAGAACAUUUGACAAAUAUAAAUUUAUAAUUUAAAUAUUUAGAAAGGAUACAGCAAGGCCUUAAUGAACUUAGAAAUAAUGUAAAUUUUAUUUAAAAAACAUGUUUUGUAAAUAAAUAUUAAAGUGUUGUUCGGCCUUUUUUAUGGUUAACAGUGUAUUUAUUAUUGUUGUUUUAAUACUUCAAUUACAAAAAGAUUGUUUGCAUAUUGAAUGGCCUCUUGGCCCGUUAGUUAAUCAAACACGAGUUCAAUGUGGAGGUGGUGGUGGUGAUUUUGACCCAGAGGGGGAAGAGUGGGUAAUGAGCAGAUUGCAAUUAGAGCCAAUGGGAUUUGUUUUUAUUGUCUUCUUUCUUGUUAUACUUUUUAUACAGUUUCUUGCCAUGCUCUUCCAUCGUUUUGGUACAAUUACCCAUAUAAUUGCCUCUACUGAACUUUGUUGUUCUCAACAAACUUUUGAUAAACUUAGUGAGGAUGAAUUAGUAGCUCAUAAUGCUGUUGAGAUUGCUAGAGAACUUCAAUCAUUUAAAGGUCUAAAUAUAAAUAUACCACAACAACAACAAAAUACUAACAUAACUCAACAACAAAAAUAUUUUGUACAACCAAAUCAACAACAAUUCCAACAACAACAGAAUCAAAUAUUUAAUAUUAAUUUACACCAACAACAAUUACCAACAACAUCCUCCAAUUUAAAUAAUAAAAUGGAUACUUUGGAUGCUGCUUUUAAAAAAAGAUUUUUUGCUUUAUCAACAACAAAUAAUCAACAACAAAAACAAAUUAUUGGAAAUAAAAGUUUUGGAAGAAAUUUUACUUUAAGGAAAAGAACAUUGAGAGCAAUUGAACAAAGAGGAGGAGGAGGAAAUCUAAGAAUUUCAAAAAAUCCAAAUAUUCUUCAAUCAUUUUCUGACAGUGAAGAGGAAGGGGUAUUUGAAGUAAAUAAAAAACAAAGAAAUGAAGGCCCAGCAAGAUGUCAUCAAUUAGAAGAACUUUUUAGAAAAAAUAAUAAAAAAGGGCCGAAUAAUAAAGUAAUUAGGGGAAAUGGAAAAAAUAAAAAAAUAUCUUGGAAUGAAUAA